UCUCGCGAGCGCUUUGGGGUUUGGAGCUCUGGCGUCCUCUGGGUCUUGCAUCUGGCUAUGGCGGAAUGCUGUUGAGGAAACCCUAGGUUCGCGUUCUUUGGCUCGUGUUUUCGGUGUGUUGUGCCUACGGCUGUACGCAUGGAUCCCUCCCAGGACCUCGACGGCGCUAGCAGCGACGGGGAGUACGAGGACGACGCUUCACUCUGCGCUUUUCUCGAGUCUGAGGUGUUGGGAGAGGAGGAAGGUGGUGACGUCGAUGACGCACCGCGCUCGGGAGCGGAGGCUGGUGGUUCGGAUGAUGAAGAAGCUAUUGCGGUGUUAGGGGUAAAUCCGAAAGAAGGGUUGCAACUCAGCAUUCAGACCGGAAGCCUCGGCAAGGUUCCGCCAGAAAUUUUUCAGAACAUAUUGCGAUUUCUGUCUCCAGAGGAUCUUUCAAGUUGUACAAGUGUUUGCCGCUUUCUUCGGGGUGCUGGUUCUGACGAGAGGCUCUGGCGCAAACUGUACUGUCUUAGAUGGGGUCCUUUUACUAAACCAAAUGGUCGCAAGGAACCCCAUGGAAGCGCAUGGAAGAAACUUUACUUCGAACGUGAUCAUGCAGAUAUGGCGGAGUUCGUACGAAAUACACCUUUAGAAUUCCGUGAGUUAUUCAUCCAGAUGCAGAUUGCUAAACGAAGCCAGGCCCCUCUGAAAUCCCAGGUAUAUGAUGACCUGUUAAUGGUGGACACAUCUGUAGCCGAUCAGAUUACGGCCUGGAGACGAAGAUAUAGUCUGCCAGAUGUAUAUGUUGGUGAUCAUGGGUGCUCCGGUAGGAGCUGCUCCUACCAUCAAAUUGGGGAUGUCUUUUUGUGUGAGAAGACUGGACGAGCUCAUGUAUGUGAUGACACUUGUAAAGAAACUCUCCUGGAUCCCUCCAAUGAGCUUCUUGUGUGCACUGUAUCUGGUCGCUGUUUUGAUCGUUGGCUCUCGCCCUCUGAGGAAAACUAUGCAGAAGAAUUUGGGCAGCAACAAGGGCAGCAACAGGCUGAUGCUAACGCAGGAGCAGAUGAAGGGGAGCCUUUCUUGGGCUCGGGUCGCCUGGGACGCGCGUACCUGUUGGGAUACAACUGUGCAGACGAACGAGAGCUAGAUGCCGCUUAUAGGGAGGUUGUCUAUCCCAGGAGUAAAAAGCCGAAAUCGUGCUAUGGCGGCUGUUUUCUAGAGUGACUGCAGACAGUAGAUUGGAACAAGCCCUUGCUGCGACUUUCGCUUAGUAUUCAUUUGCGGCUUGAUUCAAUCGGUUAUUUGUAAGAUUUUUACGUCUUCACCUUCCUCUCAUUCCACAUCAGAUUCUCUCGAAGCUUGUUAUUACAGUUGUCACGCGAUUUCCAAUUAUUCUUCACGUUUUGGAUAAGAGAGCUGUUCCGAUUAAUUGACAGGGAACGUGUACAUACAUAUUUAGCCACUCUAGCAUCAGUGCAAGGUGCGUUGGCAAUUUCCUUUUGCAGUAGACAUUUGGACUUUCCUUGUACGAACUACAUCCCGUAGUACAAGCCACUUUCUAGUUGAGAAUGCAGUCGUUCGUGCAAGGAUAUGACACUAUCUAGGAUGUGAGUUGAAAAGCUGUAGUUACGAUACUUUGUCCAAAUAUUUGAAAGUAUACAUCUUCCACGAUUUCUCCAACGCACUAUUGCUCGUAAGAAAGGAACAUGUCAUGAGUACUUUUAAAUUCAAACAGGAGUUGAGCAAAGUUUACCUCAUGCUUCGAAGCCUA